ACAAUUUCACGACAAUCAAGUUCACACAUGUAUUUGGAAUUAUUCAAACACCUGUUGGUCCUUAACUUCUCUUAUCUUUGUAUUGUGAAAUCAGAGUAUCUUUAUAAAUUUUCUUAAAUAUUUGGAUAUUUGAACAUGAAAAUGCAAAUUCAACUUUCAACAGAUUUGUGGUAACAAGAUCAUUUCCCUGUUAUAGGAUCAAUAACAUUCUUAAAAGUUCUAUUUUAUUUUAAUUUAAUAAACAAACUUGAAUACACAUGCGCAAAUUUGAACAGUCUAUACUUCGGGACUCGAUGUAUUUUCCUGUGACCCCGUGACGUAUUUUUGACAGUGAGUUAACAAGGGAAAUUUUGCAUUGCAAAGUAUUCAUUUGUGCACAACUUUGUCUUCAUGAAUAGGUUUCUUUUUGACAGAUUCCUUACCCCGUACCCCUUUUUAUACAUUUUAAAGUGUUUGUUUAAGUUCCAUCUGAAACAACAUAAGAUUCCUGAAAGACGGUCUUUUACAUCCUUUAGAACCACAGCAGAGUUAGAUAAUACACUUUUCUCAAACAAAGCACAAAAAUCAAAUCAGUUGUUAAAUUCUAGUCCAGACCAUGUCUUUUCGAAUGCUGAGUCAUGAUUCAAGAUGAGGCAGAGACAAAGUCAUCAUCAGCUUUACAUCCAUUCAUGUCUGAGAGUUGUGCGCAAUCAAAUGUUUAUGACCUGCAGAUACUCAUGGAAAUGAAUUCUUACCCUUUUAGGAUUUUCAACAAUCAGCAUCUUAAAUCUGUGGUUUUUAUGUCUUCCUUGUCUGUUAGGAGUUCAUCAGGGCUUUUGAAAUCACGCAAUUUGGAACAUCCAAUAGCAAAGCAAAAAAAUCAAAACAAACGACAAAACAAAAAUGUCAGUGACAGAAGGCUUCACGAUUCUAUAACCUUUUGUUUCAAGGUUAAUAAGAGCUUGUUGGGUAACAUCAUGCACUUAAAACAGUUAACAGCACAGCAACGUCAGCAAAUGCGAAGGUUUGAGGUGUUUUACAACAAGACAAUGCUUUCAUUAUCUUCUGCAGAGCAGGUCAGACAGGAGGAGAGCCCUUCAGAUAAUUUACUGACUCAACACAACAUAAAUGUUAAACUCAAUGUAACUAGAAAAAAAGAGCCAGCAGAGAUGCUGCCAAAUGUAUGAAAUAAAAAAAGGUAAUUUUGAUCAAUUUACUUGAAUAAAAUUUAAAAAGAAAAUCCUCAAAAGGAGAAGCACUAACAAAAUGAAUAAACUUUUUCUCUGUUCAAGUACAGAACUUGAGAUGGGAAAAACUGCAGUUUGCGAGUGUUUUAUACCCUGCCAACUGUCAGCAAUGCAAAUUUGUCCUCUAUAGUAGACAUUUCUACACCUGAAAAUCAUACUGCCUCUUCAUAGUACUUAGUUAACCCCUUUUGAUAUCUACAGAGGACAUUUGGGACUUUUUAAUGAUAUCAAAUGUGAGUGAGGGGUUCUGGGAAUUGUAGUUUUUGUUGGAUUUAAAGUAACAUUUUCUAUAAUAAAUUCUCUGAUAGUCAGGCGAAUAUCACUUUUCUAUAGGAUAGAUAGAUCUAUAGCUGCUCAGAUUUGAAUUAAAACAGAGACAUAUACAUAAAUAGCAGAAACUGCUCCAUGUCAUUACUUUCACUUAUUUAACUUGAAGCAUAUAUAUCAAAUGCUUUCUUUCCCAUUUAUAAUCAAAUUGUGACUCCUGAUUGAACCUGGACAUCUUUUAAAUUGCAGAAGAACUGCCUUGGCUGAGACGGUCUGAUGAUUGCACCCCUGCAGUGGACCUUUCCUGGUGAUCCUUGCAGUCAUGGGAACAAGGAGAUCCAACAGGUACAGCAUUGUGUCAGACAUCAUACCUGAGGAGGAACUACAGAAGAUCUCCAGCCUAAGCCUACACAACGGCCAAGGGUCCCUCAAAGUCCAACAGUACUUUGACUCAGAAGGAGGCGACAGCAGGAGGAGGUCUGGAGCCCUUGCUGUUGUCCCGAGCACCAGAGAGCAACGAGGGAUGAACAACUACAAUGGGAAGGUUCUAACAAGGGGGUCCAAUCAGAUACGGAGCCGUUUUGUAAAGAAGAAUGGGCAAUGCAACGUGGUGUUCACUAACAUGGAGGAAAGGAGGCAGCGCUACCUUGCAGACAUCUUCACCACCUGUGUGGACAUCCGCUGGAGAUACCUGUUCUCUAUAUUUUGCAUAAGUUUUCUUCUCUCCUGGCUACUUUUUGGCAUAAUCUUUUAUAGUGUCUCCUUGGCACAUGGGGACUUUGAAAACCUCCCAACUCAGAAAGGUGACGGACUGCUUGCAGGCAGCCUGCAUGGACCUUCUUCUGGGUACAUAGCAGGAGGUCAUACUCAAAGGAUACCCUGCAUCCUUCAUGUCCAGGGCUUUGUGGGGGCACUCCUGUUCUCCAUGGAAACCCAGACAACUAUUGGCUAUGGCUGGCGCUGUGUUACAGAGGAGUGUCCUGUGGCGGUUAUAACGGUGGUGGUACAGUCCAUCAUUGGCUGCAUCAUUGACUCUUUUAUGAUUGGCACCAUCAUGGCCAAGAUGGCUCGACCAAAGAAGAGGAAUCAAACCCUCAUGUUUUCCAAAAAUGCUGUAAUUGCCCUUCGUGAUAGCAAGCUCUGCCUCAUGUGGAGGGUGGGUAACCUGCGGAAGAGCCACAUUGUGGAAGCGCACGUCCGUGCCCAGCUCAUCCGCUCCUAUGUCACAGAGGAAGGGGAGUUCAUCCCCCUGGAACAGAUGGACCUCAACGUUGGCUACGAUGAAGGCACAGAUAGGUUGUUUCUCGUAUCUCCACUGGUUGUAAUUCAUGAAAUAGACAAAGACAGCCCUCUGUACACUUUAAGCAAAGCUGAUCUGGAAGCAGAUGAUUUUGAGAUUGUUGUCAUUUUGGAGGGAAUGGUGGAAGCCACCGCCAUGACUACCCAAUUCCGUAGUUCUUACCUCGCCAGGGAGAUUUUCUGGGGUCACAGGUUUGAGCCUGUAAUUUUCGAGGACAGGGAACGCUACAAAGUAGACUAUGCUCGCUUCCAUAAGACCUACGAGGUGCCCUCAACGCCCCACCUCAGCGCCAAAGAGCUAGACGAAGCUGCCAGCCGAGCAUCCUCUGCUGGGUCUCCCGCAUCACCUUUCAGAUCCAAACAAGACCUGAUCCCGCGAACGCUGAGCGCCUUCUGCUACGAGAAUGAGGUUGCACUGAGCUGCGGAGAGGAAGAUGAAGACAUAUUUGACUCCUCACAGAUUGUCGGCUUGGAGAGGGGAGAGGAGAGGAGGACUUCAGUGGACUUCCACAACAUGUUCCACGACAGCUCCACUGUGACUUCAGGAAGCCAUAAUGUCAUGUGUGUCCUGGACAUGGACAACCAGAUGGAGUUUGACAUCCUUCAGACUGCCUUUCCUCUUGAUCCGAUGACUUACAAAAAUGAGCAGGAGACCUAGAAGUAAAACAAAAGUAUUCAUGAGUCAAAGUGUGAAAUGACAGUUUCAUUGGUUUGUUUUUGUCUGUGGUGAGAGUAUUGAAGCGCCUUUGGCCUUUCCCGUGUUUUAUACUUAAAUUAAUUUGUUUUCCCCUAAAUAGUGAUCUUAAUUCAGAAAUUCAAAUUCCAGUUCCCUGUAAAACGUUUGACACAUGAAACUGAAUUCCCGAAAGAGCCAUGCAAAAUUACAGAGUAAAGGUAAAACACUUUUUAACCCCUGGAAUAACCCUAAUAUCCAUAAGGCCACUUAUUUUUCAAACCUACCUUCAUUUAGCAUCUACUCAGAAGCAAGUGACAUUUUCUUUUCAUAGUUAGAAACUAAUUCAGGCAUUAAGGGGUUAACCUCUGGUCUCAAAACAAAAAAUCACAAAAGCAUAAAGUCACAGUAACUUGAUUUGAUUUCUGUUUUGCCAAAACCCUAUUCUGUAAACAUAUAAAGAGGUAUUUUGGUAAAAUUCUUGCAACAGUUUGAGUUACACACCUCCUCUGGAAACUUGUUAGAGUCUCUGACAAUUGAACAUUUUUGUUUGGUGCAAAACGGCAAAAAUUAUUCAAGUCAUUUGACACAUUUAUGCUAUGUUUUUUUUCGGUGCAGUAAAAACAAACAUUCAAAGUGCAAUCAAAGCUAGCAAAUUUAGUGUGCUUCUCAGAGCAGAACUAAAGGUCUGAACGGUUUCAGCAUUGAGUCCACUCCAUCCUUACAGCAUGUUUGAGUGGUCUGAUUUUUGAGUGAACUUUAUUUAAAAAGUCCACAAAACCCAGAAUAUUUGUUAACUUUAAGAAUCUUGCUCUCUAACUUGUUGGUUUGUUUCUUAAGGCAGUCGAUGACAAGAGAAAUAAUCCUGAAAUGUGGCUUUUAACCUUGUUUGUGAUGUUGCUGUUUGCCAAAGGACUGGAGUUCAGGAGGAAAACACUAAACGCCUCUGAGUUGAACGGGUCAUGGAGCAAACAUGCAGCCUAAGUGUACUCAUAGUUGUUGAUGGUAGAAAGGUGGAAAACCACAGAAAAGCACAAGCUGUUGGAUUGAUCUCUAAGAAUGUCCAACAUGAUUCAGGAUUUGCACAUGCGGAGAGGAUGUAUUCAAGCUGAACUAACAGUAAUGGAAGCUGCUUGGGAUUCAUUCUUGCACAUUGAUGAAAUUAAAUAGAAACUGCUUCUUCAGAGAAGCAGAAAGUAGUUUGAUAGAAAAAUGUUUUUUAACAUGAUUUUAAACUUGAGUUCAUUGACUUAAAUAGAGUUUCCUUGUUUUUAGGUUCACAGUUUGAGUUUGACUGAUUAAAAGGGGGAAGAGGCAAAUGGGUUAGGUUUUUACUCAUGAAACUUUUAUUGUACAUUUUUGUUACUAGGGAAUGUCAAAGCAUGCUUUGUUAAUUUGAGUCUAUGAAUCAGCAAUCAAUGGGGGGGGGGGGCAGCAAAUGAAGCCCAGAGCUGAUGUACAAAUCCUUAAACCACAAAAAAUGUAUUUCCCUUUAAGAUUCCAAAGCCCUGCUGGGGAGGCAUCUCCCUGUGCAACCCACCCAGUCUCAUCCCAAAACAUCUGGGUUGGUGCAACAUUUAAGAUGUUUUACUGGAGUCAGACUCCAACGAACUUUAACUUUUUGUUACUUUUGUCUUAAAACUGAUUUGUGCAUCAAAUAGGCAACUAUCUAUGUUUGAGACAUAAAUAGACAAAUAGCCCUUAUUGUGUUAUUGAUUCUAAUAUUAACUCACAAUUACUCUAUGAUUGUAAACCCACACACACAUUCAUAUCUUAGAUUUUUGUUUUGUAUAAACAAUGGUCAGUUCAGAUAUAAAAAUGUGGACAUUAUCUUUUAGUCGUCUUUCUAGUCACUGUCUAUAUUUGUUUUUUGAUGCGGUUUUUUAAAAACGUUUUAUUCUUGACCUUGUUGGAAAUCCUGAAUUUAAGAGAAGAGGGGAGGGGAAAUCUGAAGAUACUGAACAUGGACCUUUGUUUCUCUGCAGUAAAAACAGUUUGCAAAGUAUUUCACAGGCACACACAUAUUUAUUUCAAUUGCUUUCUUUAUUUUCUCUUUUAUGUAUCGAAUCCACCAAUUAGUGGCAACUUUCUUAUUCAAUAAAGAAUCCAGAUUAUCAUAAUGUAUUACAACUUUUAGUUAAACGAAUGAAUAUUUAAAGAAUAGACCACUUCUGAACUUGACAAUGAUUCUACAUCCAUGUUUUAAUUUUAAUAUUAACUUUUCUCCACCUACUGGCUAAAUUAUCUGAUCUCAGGUCUCAAAUUUAAAUGUUUACUUUAAGAAUUUGUAGGAAAUCUGAUAUCCAGAUGUGGUGUGAAUGUAAUUGUCUGCUCCAAAUAGACCCACCCUGUUCAAAGAAGGGUUAAACAAAAGUAAAAUGUCUUUCAAGGGUAAAACCGGCUGGCAGUUCAUAAAAUUUCAGUCUUCUUGUGCAAUUUUUUAAGUGAGUUAUUUUUAAAAUAAACAGAAGUGGAAAGUUGUUUCUUUUUGCUACUGUAAUUGUCCAGUGUUUAAAUAAUCUUCCAGCUUGUCGACAAACAAAAGGAUAUAUAAAGAGCACUUUAUUCUUUCUUGUACAUUUUAAUGUUGUAAAUAAACAUUUAUACAGUA